AGCCGUCUUAAUACUGUUUUAACAGCUGUUAAAACAGCUUAACCCCUUUGUUCUGCUAUCUCUGUGUAAAUUGCUCGGAUUGUCAUAACACGCCUGGGAUCGCCACGAGACAUGUUGCACAAGCGAGGAGAUUAACAUCCUCGAUGCUAGCAGUCACCUGGAAGAAAACGGUACAUGACAUGUAUCGAAUUUCAGCACGGAUGCUUCCGACAGCGCAAAUCAGCACACCUCAUGGUACUCUGGUUCCUAAUAGGGUGUUCAUCAAGGGGGUACCAGACCGAAUGAGCGAGAUCGAGCUGGAGGUAGCAUUUGCCAAUCUUGGGUUUCAUGUGAUAGGGGUCCGAAUCAUCGAGGAUAUGAGGACGGGGAGGCGAAAAGGGUACGGGUUUGUUACGUUUUUGUCAACUGAGGAAGCGUUGAUGGCUAGGCAAAUGGUACGUAACAGAAUUUGA